UUCCUCGGCUAUUUAACAUAAAGAAGAACGUUUGUCAUGCCGUUACAAGUUCACGAUGUUCAGCAAAAUGUUGUGGAGCCUAUGCAAGUUGAUGCUCCUGCAGAAGAUAAUGAUAACGCAGAGGAAGAACCGUACAUUGUGGAAAAUCCAACAUUGGACUUGGAAGUCUACGCCAAUAGCUACACUGGGCUUGCUAAAUUAUAUAGGCUCAUAUACAUAGCUGACCAUUGUCCAAUGUUAAGGAUAGAGGCACUAAAAAUGGCUAUAUCUUAUGUGAUGACAACAUACAAUGUUUCUUUGUACAUCAUAUUACACAAAAAAUUAGUGCAAGCUGUAGGUACGCCUGGAUUGCCAGAUGUUGCAGCGCAGUCAACGUCCCAGGAUAUGUUGACUUUAGAUCAAGCUUGGGUUGAAACGCGUUCUAAAAAGGCUGCUCUGAAACUAGAGAAAUUUGAUACAGAUCUUAAAAACUAUAGAAGUAAUUCAAUUAAGGAAAGUAUCAGAAGAGGUCAUGACGAUUUAGGAGAUCAUUAUCUAGAUUGUGGUGAUCUUGUCCAUGCCUUGAAGUGUUAUUCCAGAGCAAGGGAUUAUUGCACUAGUGGAAAACAUAUUGUUAACAUGUGUCUGAAUGUUAUUAAAGUUUCUGUUUAUUUGCAAAAUUGGACUCAUGUACUGAGCUAUGUAACAAAGGCAGAAAGUACACCAGAUUUUUCUGAUGUUCAUGGCAAAGACAACAAUCAGUCUAUAGUUACAAAAUUAAAAGUUGCAGCUGGUCUAGCAGAACUAGCAACUAGAAAAUACAAAAUGGCUGCAAGACACUUUUUACAGGCAUCGUUGGAUCAUUGUGAUUGCCCUGAAUUGUUGUCUCCUGGAAAUGUUGCUCUCUAUGGAGGACUCUGUGCUUUGGCCACAUUUGAUAGACAUGAAUUACAAAAGCAAGUUAUCUUUAGCAGUUCGUUUAAAUUGUUUCUAGAAUUGGAACCACAGUUAAGAGAUAUUAUUUUCAAAUUUUACGAAUCAAAGUAUGCGUCCUGCUUAAAAUUGCUGGACGAAAUUAAGGAUAAUAUCCUUUUGGACAUGUACAUAGCGCCACACGUUAAUGUAUUAUACACGCAAAUUCGAAAUAGAGCAUUGAUACAAUAUUUUAGUCCAUACUUGAGCGCAGACAUGAGACGUAUGGCAACCGCUUUUAAUAGGACAGUUUCAGAAUUGGAAGAUGAACUGAUGUUAUUAAUUCUGGAUGGUCAGAUACAAGCUCGUAUAGAUUCUCAUAAUAAAAUUCUAUAUGCAAAGGAUGUUGAUCAACGUAGCACAACUUUCGAGAAGUCUAUGAGCGUUGGGAAAGAGUAUCAAAGACGUACGCGCAUGUUAAUUUUAAGGGCUGCAAUGUUGAAGCAACAAAUUCAAGUUAAGAGUCCACAGCGCGAUAGUACUCAAGGAGGAGAAAUGUCUGUUACUUGGAAGCAAUAGUUCAAUGUUAUUUAAAUAAUCGAUGACUUACAUGGCAACAAAAUAAUCGAUUUAGUAGACUAAAAACUAAAAUAACAUAUUUUAUAAAAUCAUAUAAUAUAUAAAAAAUAAAAAAGAAUCAAUUACAUAAAAAUUAUAAUAUAAACAAUGUUUUAAAAUUUGUAAUUGAUAACAAAAUUUUACAAUAAUAUUGUGAGGAAUCCAUUAAUAAUUUUCUUCUUGAACCUGAAAAAAAUAUUUUCAUGUGUUAAUUAAGUGUCAAGGAGAGAAUAACAUAAUUGCGAUUUAUAGUAAGCAACACUUAUUGCCUUUAUUCAGCCUCCAAUAGUUAUGUUAACAUGAUAAAUGAUAAUAUUCAUUAAAUGUUAAAUGAUGUAAAAGCACAAAAAAAUUAUAUAAAUAAAAUAUACAAAAAUUUAACAAUAUAUGAUUUUGAAAUUCAACUAUUAUAUACCAUUCUCAGCAUAAACUACUUUUUAAACUGUCAAAUAUUUUAAUUUAAAGAUAAAUCUCUUGACUUAAAAUACGAAUUAAGCGUUCAGAUCAUAUUUUUAUUCUUACAAUAUUUAACUUUCAACGAAUUAAUUAAUAUUGAGACUAUAAAAAUUUGCAAGUAUUGUGCGGCAAUAUUUUGUGCGGUAUAUAAUAGUUCAAAUUGUUACAAACACAGAUUAGUAAAUGCAUUAAAUACGUUUCAGUUUGUAUACCUUUAAGGCAGUUGAAACACCAUAUGUAACAAGAACUCCUAAACCAAAUGCUAAAAGAUGUGGAAUGUAUUUGAUUCCUGGUAUGCUAGGCUCUUUUGUCAAUAAAAGUUUUAUGAAAGACAACUUUUUGUCAGAAUAUGGUGGAUAACGGCAUCUGGAAUAAAUUACAAACAAUAAUUAUUCUUUCAUGAAUUCAUUCUUACGUUAAAUAUUAUGCAAUAUAAUUUUAUGAAGCAUUGCUUACGAUCCUAAUAUUUCUCCUAAUUUAUUGAAAUCUUUAAUAAGGCAUCCUUUCUUGUGCACGAAAGUAUCAUAUGUAUACUUUCCAUGAUAAGCUCCUAUACCAGAAUUACCAACACCACCAAAUGGCAAAGUGUCAACUGAAAAACAGAUAUUUAACAUGUGAUUAAAUAUAAAAUAUAUUAUAAUAUUACAUAUACAUAGAUUUAGAACACAAAUAUUCUAUGUAGUAAUAUUCUAUAAUAUCCUAUGUAAUAUUUUAUAUUCUAUAUAUAUAAUUUAAGAAUAUCACUAUAUAGAAUUCUAUAAUAUAAUAAUAGAGUACAAAUAAUUAUGCAAAUGCCAUACGAUACUGUGCGACAUGUUACUGUAUGCAGACUAUUGAAAAUUGAGUAAGAAGCAUGAAAAUAUACAAAAAAAAGCUGUUAGAUUUUAUAUAUUAGCAGUUUUGUAAGAAAAUAAUUUUGUGGACAGAUUGGUUUAAUGCAAUGAUACGUUUAUUGAUAAGUAAAUCACUAUGUUUCAUCCAACAAAAUAUACAAGGCUCAAAUAUUUAUAUGUACAUAUGUGCAAAAAAGAAGUUUUGUGUGUUACUAUAUGUACAUUUUAUUAAAUUGUAUCCAUUAACAAAAAACAAAGAAUAAAUGACAACUUCAAUACCUGCUAAA